GGGAUGUUCCAGGUGUGUCCACUCUUAGCAUUGCUUGUGCUCUGCAGCUGCACAAAGGUCUCUUCUACCACAGCCUGGCAGCGAGUUGAGGAGCAGUGGAGAAAUUACAAAAACGAGUGUUUAGACUCUUUGAACCGCGCUCCCCCCACAGCAGGGCCGGUGUGUAACAGGACCUUUGACCAGUAUGCCUGCUGGCCUGAUGGACUCCUUGGAACCACGGUCAAUGUCUCUUGCCCUAAGUUCCUACCAUGGUAUUAUGAAGUCCAAGAUGGGUUGGUCUACAGAUUCUGCGGUGAAGACGGUCGAUGGGCCCAGAAAAAUACUAGUGAAUGUGAGCAUGACUCUAGCCAGCAGCAGUAUGGCCGCAUCCUCAGUCAAUUUCGGAUUGUGUAUACGGUGGGAUACUCACUGUCCCUGGGAGCUUUGCUUCUUGCUCUGGGAAUCCUCAUCAGUUUCAGGAAGCUGCACUGUAUGAGGAACAACAUCCACAUGAACUUGUUUGCCUCCUUUAUCCUGAGAGCCGUAUCCAUUCUGGUCAAAGAUGCCCUGUUGACCCUAACACUGGACCCCAGGAGCAGUGGUGGAACUCGGGCUCAAACCUGGAUCAACAUACCGGCUAUCAUGUGGUGUCGGGGCGCUAUGGUGAUGAUGCAGUAUACAGUGAUGGCCAACAACUACUGGCUGUUGGUGGAGGGCAUCUACCUGCACAGCCUGCUCGUCAUCACUGUGUUCAGUGAGAAGAAGUAUUUUUACAUCUACUUGGCGAUCGGUUGGGGUGCACCGCUCGUAUUUGUUUCUCCCUGGAUUGCAGUCAAAUACCUCUUUGAGAAUGAAGAAUGCUGGGAGAGAAAUACUAAUAUGGGAUACUGGUGGAUAAUCCGUUGCCCAAUACUUGUUUCUUACUUGAUCAAUUUUUUCAUUUUCAUACGAAUCAUCAAAAUCUUGAUGUCUAAACUCAGAGCUCAUCAGAUGAGAUACACUGACUACAAGUUCAGAUUGGCAAAAUCAACUCUAACUCUUAUCCCUCUGCUGGGGAUUCACGCAAUUCUCUUCACCUUUGUCAUUGAUGAAGCCGUCCCAAAAGGUUCCAUGUUGCGCCUGAUUCGGCUCUUCGUUGACCUUCUGUUCAACUCCUUUCAGGGACUGCUUGUUGCCAUCUUGUACUGCUUUGUCAACAAAGAGGUGCAGUCAGAGAUGCUGAAAAAGUGGAAGCGGUGGAAGCUGGGUAAGGACAUUGACGAGGAGUACCGCAACACCCACAGCCAGACGCCACAUAUCAAAAGUGGCAGCAUUGCCACAGGAAACCUGCCUGAUCUCCAUGACAACAACACCACUGACCCAAGUGGGGGGUCACUGGGUACGCCUCAACUCAGAAAAGCUGACAACAGCUCCUCCAGUCACGCCCCUCCUGACGAAAACCGCCAAUUGGUGGUGUCCUACAGUAACGAGAUGGGGAAUGUCAACAAACAAGCCUUUCACCUCUCCUUUGUGUCACAACAAGGUGACUCCAACUAUGGCAGCACUAGCUUGAAGGACACAUGUCGAGAGGAAAGAAUACAUUGCCACGCUUACCUGACGGAAGGGGAAGAAACUGAUGUCUAA